GCUACCUAGGGAACUCCCGAGGGCGCGGCCUGGCGAGCCGGGGCCAGGCCCUGGGAACCGUGACAGAGCGCUGAGGGGUGCUGGGACCUCGGGGUCGUGGGAGGAGCCGGUGCAGCUGACAUGGGUGAGCCCCGGGGGUCCGUGCGGAUCCUGGUGACAGGGGGCUCUGGGCUGGUGGGCAGAGCCAUCCAGAAGGUGGUAGCAGAUGGGGCCAGGCUGCCCGGAGAGGAAUGGGUGUUUGUCUCCUCCAAGGACGCCGACCUCACGGACGCUGCACAGACCCGAGCCCUGUUUGAAAAGGUUCGGCCCACACACAUCAUCCAUCUUGCUGCGAUGGUGGGAGGCCUGUUCCGGAAUAUCAAAUACAAUUUGGACUUCUGGAGGAAAAACAUGCACAUCAACGACAACGUCCUGCAUUCCGCCUUCGAAGUGGGAGCCUGCAAGGUGGUCUCCUGCCUGUCUACCUGCAUUUUCCCUGACAAGACCACCUACCCUAUCGAUGAGACCAUGAUCCACAACGGGCCCCCGCACAGCAGCAACUUUGGCUAUGCCUACGCCAAGCGGAUGAUUGACGUGCAGAACAGGGCCUACUUCCAGCAGCACGGCUGCACCUUCACGGCGGUCAUUCCCACCAAUGUCUUCGGGCCCCACGACAACUUCAAUAUUGAGGACGGCCACGUGCUGCCGGGCCUCAUCCACAAGGUGCACUUGGCCAAGAGCAGCGGCUCAGCCCUGACGGUGUGGGGCACAGGGAGGCCUCGGAGGCAGUUCAUCUACUCCCUGGACCUGGCCCGGCUCUUUAUCUGGGUCCUGCGGGAGUACAGUGAGGUGGAGCCCAUCAUCUUGUCAGUGGGCGAGGAGGACGAGGUUUCCAUUCAGGAGGCAGCCGAGGCCGUGGUGGAGGCCAUGGACUUCCACGGGGGCAUCACCUUUGAUACAAGCAAGUCAGACGGGCAGUUUAAGAAGACAGCCAGUAACGGCAAGCUGCGGGCCUACCUACCGGACUUCCAGUUCACGCCCUUCAAGCAGGCUGUGAAGGAGACCUGUGCCUGGUUCACCGACAACUACGAGCGGGCCCGGAAGUGAAGCAUGGCAGGGCCGGCACCCGCCUCCCUUAGGCCAGUCAGCUGACAGAGCCCAGUGGCAACCACCCUCAGUCCCUGCCAGGAGUCCAGGGCACUGCCCACGACGUGGGCCCACGUUCCACGCCUCCGCCAGGGUGGCUCCCGGAAGCUGUCCAGCAAGGCCACCACUCCUAUUCACCCUCAGGGAUCCCAGGCCUGGCCAGGCCUGGCAGCUGGCUCCCCGGCGCCAGUGCCCGAGUUCUGAGCGUGUCUACUGAUCUUGCUCUCCCACCCCCGGGAGCCAAUAAAGUGCAUUUCACAGGC